CGCGGUAUUGAAUUCCAAAGUCAAGAUGCGCUUGGAGUUGUUGGUUGUGUUAUUGGUGGGGCUGGCUGCACUUGCCCCGUCAGGUUCUACAUGCUGUAAAACUGAACCACCGAGAUGCGAAACCGAACCACCGAGAUGCGAAACCGAACCGCCAAGAUGCGAAACCGAACCACCAAGAUGCGAAACCACGCCACCCACAUGCAAAACUGAGCCACCCACAUGCAAAACUGAGCCACCCACAUGCAGAACUGAGCCACCCACAUGCAAAACUGAGCCACCCACAUGCAGAACUGAGCCAGCCACAUGCAAAACUGAGCCACCCACAUGCAGAACUGAGCCACCCACAUGCAAAACUGAGCCACCCACAUGCAGAACUGAGCCACCCACAUGCAGAACUGAGCCACCCACAUGCAAAACUGAGCCACCCACAUGCAGAACUGAGCCACCCACAUGCAAAGCUGAGCCACCCACAUGCAGAACUGAGCCACCCACAUGCAAAACUGAGCCACCCAGUGAAAAGCACUGCACGAAACGCAUCAAGCGACACCGCACAAAAAGAACCAAGCGAUCGAAAUCCACCAAAAAGAUAGUACAUCAUCAUAACCGUCCAGGAACGACACCAGAAUCGGGAUGUGGCUGUGGAUCGAAAAACGAAUCGGGCGGUGGAGGAAGCGGAUGUAUUUUGAAGGACCUGCUAACACCGAAGUGCCCCGAUUCCAAAUCGAAGUCUCAAGCUUCGUGCAAGCCUGCACCCAAGUGUAAAUCCGACCCGAAACCGAAAGCCGCAUCGAAAGCCACAUCUAAGCCAAAGCCAAAGGCGUGUGAUUCAGGCAAGAAGAACACCACCAAGAAACCGCGGAAGACUCAGCCACAAAAAGGUGGUUGCUAAACAGCAAACUUGACUCAAAUGUCGUUGAAUAUGAAUAAAAUCACUUUUUUUUUUUUGAAUAUU